UGGUUCAGAAUCGCCAUUCGAAAGGAAUGACGUACCACAUAUGCGGCGAGAGGAAGACCGCACAUAUGAACGGUUUGAUUGGUAAAAUUAUUUCCACCUUUUAAUGGGUUGAUUGUAGUCUAAUCGGGUGUUUGAGAUUACUCCGACUGCAAUGAAAUCAACGUCGCCCCGGCUACCCAGCUCCUCCCUCCCUCACACUUGCUAUUAGUUUCGCUUAUUAUCAAACAGAUCAACUGGCAUGAACAGCUACAAGGCAAGUCAUGUUUAUUUGCUCAAAAACCUCCCCAAUUUUUAUUUAGCUAAGUAAUUAAUAUAAAAGUUACUGCAAUUAUUAAACAUUAGGCUGUUGGUAUAUCCUGGCCUGGGAAAUGUCGAUUCAAUUAGACUAUGGUUCAACGUUUAUACUUUUUUUUUAGCGGGUGAACAUCCUUCAAACAUCCAACAUUCAUUUUUUUAUUCAUGGAACUGAUCCAUAAAUUAAACAUUUGUAAAUGAGUAAUGUUGAAGUUUGGCGUUGAAAUAUAAACAGAUUGAUUCUUAGAUAAGAGGCUAAAUUGGAUCUAAACUGAUAUUGCUUUUACGAUUAGUCCUAAAAGUGAAAGAUUCUAGUUGGAAACAGUCACACAGAAACAAUCACUGGUUGUUAUGCAAAAACGAAUACUUUAUUUCUAUUUGUUUAUUUUUCCUAUAGAACCACAAUGAACCACAGAGGUAAUUUUCAACAGUACAUGAUUUAAUGUAAUAAUUCAGUCAUUUAUACUACUAACAUGUACCAUUGAAGUCAGAAGUUUACAUACACCUUAGCCAAAUACAUUUAAACUCAGUUUCACAAUUCCUGACAAUUAAUCCAAGGAAAAAUUCCCUGUCUUAGGUCAGUUAAGAUCACCACUUUAUUUUAAGAAUGUGACAUGUCAGAAUAAUAGUAGAGAGAAUGAUUUAUUUCAGUUUUUAUUUAUUUCAUCACAUUCCCAGUGUGCCAGAAGUUUACAUAAACUAAUUAAGUGUUUGGUAGCAUUGCCUUUAAAUUGUUUAACUUGGGUCAAACGUUUUGGGUAGCCUUCCACAAGCAGCCCACAAUGAGUUGGGUGAAUUUUGGCCCAUUCCUCCUGACAGAGCUGGUGUAACUGAGUCAGGUUUGUAGGCCUCCUUGCUCGCACACGCUUUUUCAGUUCUGCCCACAAAUGUGCUAUAGGAUUGAGGUCAGGGCUUUGUGAUGGCCACUCCAAUACCUUGACUUUGUUGUCCUUAAGCCAUUUUGCCACAACUUUGGAAGUAUGCUUGGGGUCAUCGUCCAUCUGGAAGACCCAUUUGCAACCAAGCUUUAACUUCUUGACUAAUGUCUUGAGAUUUUGCUUCAAUAUAUCCACAUCAUUUUCCAUCCUCAUGAUGCCAGCUAUUUUGUGAAGUGCACCAGUCCCCCUUGCAGCAAAACACCUCCACAACAUGAUGCUGCCACCCCCGUGCUUCACGGUUGGGGUGGUUUUCUUCGGCUUGCAAGCCUCCCCCUUUUUCCUCUAAACAAUGAUGGUCAUUAUGGCCAAAACAGUUCUAUUUUUGUUUCAUCAGACCAGAGGCCAUUUCUCCAAAAAGUACGAUCUUUGCCCCCAUGUGCAGUUGCAAACCGUAGUCUGGCUUUUUAAUGGCGGUUUUGGAGCAGUGGCUUCUUCCUUGCAGAGCAACCUUUCAGGUUAUGUCAAUAUAGGACUCAAUUUACUGUGGAUAUAGAUACUUUUGUACCUGUUUCCUCCAGCAUCUUCACACGGUCCUUUGCUGUUGUUCUGGGAUUGAUUUGCACUUUUCACACCAAAGUACGUUCAUCUCUAGGAGACAGAACGCGUCUCCUUCCUGAGCGGUAUGACGGCUGCGUGGUCCUAUGGUGUUUAUACUUGCGUACUAUUGUUUGUACAGAUGAACGUGGUACCUUCAGGCGUUUGGAAAUUGCUCCCAAGGAUGAACCCGACUUGUGGAGAUCUACAAUUUUUUUUCUGAGGUCUUGGCUGAUUUCUUUUGAUUUUCCCAGGAUGUCAAGCAAAGAAGCACUGAGUUUGAAGGUAUGCCUUGAAAUACAUCCACAGGUAAACCUCCAAUAAGCUAAUUGACAUCAUUUGAGUCGCCCAGAAGCUUCUUAAGCCAUAACAUAAUUUCCCAAGCUGUUUAAAGGCACAGUCAACUUAGUGUAUGUAAACUUCUCACCCACUGGAAGUAUGAUAGUGAAUUAUAAGUGAAAUGAUCUAUCUAAACAAUUGUUGGAAAAAUUACUUGCGUCAUGCACGAAGUAGAUGUCCUAAACGACUUGCCAAAACUAUAGUUUGUUAACAAGAAAUUUGUGGAGUGGUUGAAAAAUGAGUUUUAAUGACUCCAACCUAAGUGUAUGUAAACUUCCGACUUCAACUGUAUGUGUAAUAGUAUUGUAGCGACCCUGUGUAAUGACCCAGUGUAAUGAAACAGGUAGAGAACCCUCAACCUUCUGGCCCGUGGCCCCGCGGAAAUCAACAGUGCCACCAAAGCAAGCUCCAGUGGCAGAUUCCAUCUCACUUCUUAUAAACAAGGCCCACUACAGUAUGUAAUAUGUAGUAUGUUGCCUAAUGUUUGAGGGCAAUGCCAAGACAGUCUAACUAGGAAACAGAUGGCUGGAAUGUUAUCUAAAGAUGUUUAUUAUAAAAUCUGCACAUCCCUUCUCAUGCGGUACUGGACAAGAAAGAACAGUAUAAUAAUAAUACCAGUUCAAUGGCCUGCUCACUCAAAUACAUAGGCUACUUUAAUGUAAUUAAAAACAACUAUCAAGUGGGGUAUUCAGGAAACCAAUAGAGAAAACAGAAACCAUGUAACGUCUUUAUCGGGAUAGCCUAAAAUAAGGCUUGGACACUUGGCAAGGUUAUCUAUGGGUGCUUCUCAACCUUUUUUUGCAGCAGGGAUCAGCCAUGUCUGUCUCUGAAAUAAGGCACACCAAGUUACUGUCCUACCUCCAUUGAGGACUGCUUACAUAAAAAAACAGCAUUUGAGAACAGACUAAAUUGGUGUCAACUAACCAUCUGAGGGACCGGCCAGCAACAUUCCACAGACCGGAGGUUAAGAAACACUGCUCUAGGUCAAUGUCAUAGAGCAUGUCAGGGUCACCCAUCCCCUCUUAAGUUUACUGCACUGUAUGUCUAUAAUGCCAGGAAAGAAGUUCAUCACUUUUGUGGUUGGGAAUACUGGGACGUUUCAUGACGAUUUUACAAGGUGUCUCACCCAAAGAGGCUUAACUAAAGAGAUGUCACCUCAGAAAAGUGAUGUCAUGCUGGCUUUCUGCCCCAUCGUCUCUUGUACUGGGACUGAUAUUGAAGCUGUGUCCUCGCAAUGAAGAAGCAAUUAGAAAGAUUCUGGACAGGCCAGAUAUACAGCCAAAGAAAAAUAGGACUACUGCUCCAGAGAUGACCAACCAGUCCCGCCCAGCUGCACAACAAACACCUGCAGGGUCGACGAUGGACAAAUUCUUCACUGUUGUGACUGGGAACACUCUGGGGUUUCAUAAGGAAUUAAUUCAUCGUCUCGCUGCCAAAAGACACUUAACUGAGGUGAUGUCACUCGAGGAGAGUGAUGUCAUCCUGGCUUUCUGUCCCAUCGUCUCUCGUGCUGGGACUGAUGUUGAAGCAGCACUGCAGCAGAUUCCAGCUGGUAAACCUGUCAUCCUGGUAGUGCUGCAUCACACCUUUGAUCCAGACUACACUGUACCUAACAGUAGCAAACUAGUGACCAGAGAGGAUGUAAUACUCACAGUGGACUGUCUCUUCCAUGAGAGCAACGGACUACCGAAGUGUCCUCGCAAUGAAGAAGCAAUUAGAAAGAUUCAAGAGAGGCUAAACAAAUGGCCAAAGGGGUUUGUAGCGAUCGUCUCCGGGAGAAAGAGAGGAGGACCAAAGCGCAGCGUGGUGAGAAAAGAAACCAAGGGGGAGGCCGGUUGCUGCUGCAUUUUCUGAUGAAAGGUCCAAGAAACGAGGCAGUGCACACUCACACCUGAAGAUGAAAAGAUGACGAGACCAACCUGUCUUUAGAAGUGUGUGAGAGUGUGAUCAGCAGUAAUACAUAAACACCACUGUAAUCAUUGUAUGAUUCAAUCAUUCACACAUUGGCUUUUUGGAAGGGAUUCUGAAUGAAUGAAAUCAAUGGUAGGAAGUACAUUUUCCAGUAAUUUCUUGUUUGAAUGCAAAUUACUUUGUCUAUGAACAUAUUAAUCUCAAAUAGCAGAAAUUACCACAGUGAUCUUUUUCCAAGUAGUUUACUCACCGAAGAAGCACUUAUUGGACACAUCAUUUAGUAAAUGAGAGAUGUACUGCGCCCUGGAGGUGACAUUGACCGAGAUGUUUUUUUUUUAAACAAGCUUACAAAUUAUAAAACGUGCUCAUGAUUUAUAAAACGAGCUCACGAAUUAUAAACCAUGCUCACAAAUUACUAAAACGUGUGCAUGAAUUGGUAUAAAACAUAUCUGGGGAAGGUUACCAAAGAAUUUCUGCAGCAUUGAAGGCCCCUAAGAAGACAGUGGCCUCCAUAAUUCUUAAAUUAAAUGAAGAAGUUAAUAACCACUAAGGCUCUUCCUAGAGCUGGCCGCUCGGCCAAACUGAGCAAUCGGUGGAGAAGGGCCUUGGUCAGGGAGGUGACCAAGAACCUGACGGUCACUCUGACAGAGCUCUAAAGUUCCUCUGUGGAGAUGGAAGAAACUUCCAGAAGGACAACCAUAUCUGCAGCACUCCACCAACCAGGUGUAACAGUGGUAAGGUGUUGGGACUGCUGUUGGGGCAGCUUUAUGUAGGCUCGAACAGUUUGUGGACACCGUUUUUUACCUUUAUAGUCCAAUGAAUGUGUUGUUUAGUGUUGUGUAGUGGCUUUGCUGGCAUGCAUCUAAAACAUAUUUUUUGAGUUUGCCCCACCAAGAUUUAAAUGCUAAAAUAGCCACUGUUGAGUUGUCUAGUGCUAUUCAACUGUACAUUUUCCAUGGCUGUCUUGUGUUCCUCUUCUCACAGCGCACAAAGGAGUUAUUUGGUGCUGGCUCCUUAUCUCUUCGAGCACCAGAGGCCUAGAUCAAGGUUGAAAUCUUCUUGCAGCUAAAUAGGCUUUUAGGAACUCAUCAGUCCCCUCUCUUAGACAUAUAGUCUGUGAGAACUGGUGGACAAUACUUUAAGGAAGUGGAGCCAAGUAUCCAUUAUCUCUCAUGUAAGCUUGCCACCCAUUUAGGAGAAGCAAGCAGCUCUUUGUGUAAGAAGUAUAUAAUGACUGUGUGCGACUAACUUUGAGUUUCCUCGCCGAUUUAUCCUGAGUGUAAUCUCCCUUGCAAUUGCUUGAAUAAACUCUUAUUAACUGGAUAA